GUCCUUAUCCACCCUCGUUGUGACUUGUCGCACUCCCAUUCAAGCCCCCCACUGGAGCUCCAAUCGGUGAUCCUGCCCCCUCCUGGCUAUCUGAUAUCCGUUCUUGAGCAGGGUCACGCAUCUCGCGCCGUAUUGCUACGGGUGUUGCCGCCUGCUGUGAGCAGUUCCCGCUUGGCGGCACAGUAAUGAUCUAGCUGCAUAUGCAUUCCGCGCAGCUUUCAGAUGGCGGUCUACCACAUCCCAACGAUCCCAGCUCCGUCUACAGUAGUACAAGUAUAGGACGCGCCGAUAUCCCACUCUCUUCGCUCCGCCCAUCGUUGACGAACAGCCGCGCAUUGUUGCAUCGACUCUCCGACGAGGAACCCGACCCCGAGUCCACGUCCGCCCUCCUUCGACAACACCUCCGUGACUCCGCCUCGAGCGACGACGAUGAUGCUCCAACCGAUGACAACAAUCCACAGCAUUUAGGCACCUGGCAGAGAUUCUUCGGGCUAAUGUCCAAGGCUCCUCUUCUUCUGCGGUCGUCGCCAGGGUUUGGCACAGGCUCAUAUGGAGCGGCUCCCGUGGGAGCUUCUUCGGAGAACAGCGACGAGGAAGAUAAUGAUGUUGUGAGGCGCAGAGGGAAAAAGAAGGCAAAGCAAUCGGGAUUAAGAAAUGCUGUUGGCUCGAGCAUUCGCAGUACCUCCAAUCAUGUCGUCUCCAAUCCGGAUAUACCCUCACAUAUGGGCAGCCGAAGGCCAUCGAGCUCUGGAAGACCAUGGAGCUCUUCUGGGAGACCAUCGAGUUCCGGAAGGCCAUGGAGCUCCUCCGGGAGACCAUCAAGUUCCGGAAGACCAUGGGGCUCUAGGAGGCCAUCAACACGAACUGGCUCCGAGGAAGGCGAGGAAAUAGUAGAUGAUAUUGGACUUGAGGACAGGUUCAAUGCUGUCGGGUUGCCGAUAUCUGAUGCUACUGGAUAUGGGGAAUCUAGCAGAAGCAAAGGCGAUGCGUCCACGCCAUCAGACAACCUAGAAGAAGCAGUGACUGAAGACGACACCGAGGACGAAUACGAAGAUGAAGAUCCCCCGGAUAACUCCCCAUAUGCCCAAGUUCGAGCAUCAGUAUCUGCCAUCGACAAUACAACAUUGUCCAUUAAUACUCCUCGGAUGUGGACGCUUUCCAUGUUGUUUGCAAUCCUCGGAUCGUCCACAAAUCUUUUCUUUUCCUUACGAUACCCAAGUGUUUCUAUUACACCAGUUAUAGCGCUUCUGCUUGUCCAUCCUCUUGGGCUCCUCUGGGAUCGAUUACUCAAACGACAAGACGACCCUGACGAGGAAUUUAUAGAUGGUGUAAGGCAAACUUCGAACCUCAACACGAAUCAAAAUAAUGCAUCGGGGAACUCUGCAUCUCUACACUUAAAAUCUCCCAGCCUCUCUCGCCGUUUCCGAUUGUGGCUUGCUCAAGGGCGAUGGAACGAGAAGGAGCACAGCUGUGUCUACAUCAGCAGCAACGUGUCUUUCGGAUUUGCCUUCGCUACAGAUGUCAUCGUCGAGCAGACACACUUUUACAAACAGGAAGUCAGCAUCAUAUACCAGCUGCUUCUCAUCCUUUCCACCCAAAUCCUUGGAUAUACCUUUGCUGGCUUGGCUAGAAGAUUUCUGGUCCGACCGGGAGGGAUGAUCUGGCCGGGCACGCUCAUGUCUGCUGCUAUGUUUACAACGUUGCACAAAGAAGAGAACAAGGUCGCCAACGGCUGGAAAAUGACUCGCUGGAAAUUUUUCUUCGUCGUUUGGAUAUCAGCCUUUCUGUUCUACUUCCUACCUGGUCUUCUCAUGCCCGCAUUGAGCUAUUUCAAUGUCAUCACCUGGUUUGCUCCGGAUAAUGUGAUAGUCGCCAAUCUAUUCGGUGUCUCUUCCGGCCUUGGUAUCUUUCCUGUAACUUUUGAUUGGGCACAGAUUGCUUAUAUUGGGUCACCGCUGCUGACUCCUUUUUGGGCCGCCAUGAACGUCGUGGGAGGUCUUGUUAUCGUCAUGUGGAUCAUCGCCCCUAUCGCAUAUUAUAGCAACGCAUUCUUCUCGUCCUAUAUGCCGAUCCUCUCAUCUUCCGUCUUCGACAAUAGGGGCAAAAUAUAUGAUGUCAGCAAGAUAUUGACACCGGAUUUCCUAUUCGAUAGAGAAGCAUACCGUAAUUAUAGUCGGGUAUACUUGCCAAUUACAUACGUCCUGAGCUAUGGGCUGCAAUUUGCUGCUCUCGCAUCUCUCUUGACGCAUACCACUUGCUGGCAUGGUAAGGAUAUUUGGAGGCAAUGGAAGAGAUCUCUGAAGGAGGUUGGGGGUGAAUCCAAAACUUCAUAUGAGGCGAUCCCCGAACCUAAUGGAGGAGUGACCAGUAGUUCAUCGUCUUCGAGUAGAAGCCGCGGACUGAGAUUGGAGAGGAGCGACUCGCAUAUGGAAAACAUCAUCAGUCAAGAGGAUGUUCACAAUCGUCUGAUGAAGAGGUAUAAGGAUGCGCCACUUAGUUGGUAUCUCAUCACAUUCGUGAGCAUGACUGCAGUUGGAAUAUUCGUUGUCGAAUAUUACCCGGUGCAUCUUCCAUGGUACGGGCUCCUCCUUGCCCUCGCGAUAUGCACGAUUUUAUUCAUCCCAAUCGGUAUUGUCAUGGCGAUCACCAAUCAACACAGCAGCAUCUACCUAAUCUGCCAACUUGUCUGCGGUGCAGUCUUCCCAGGCCGUCCUGUUGCAAACAUGGUUUUCGUGACUUAUGGCUACAUAUCUUCGGCCCAGGGCAUCAAGUUCUCCGCCGAUCUAAAACUCGGUCACUACAUGAAGAUUCCUCCCCGGAUCCUUUUCGCUGUUCAAAUGGUUGCGACUGUUGUGUCCUCAUUCACUCAAAUCGGAGUCCUGAACUGGAUGUUCGCUCACGUACCAAAAAUGUGUACGCCGGAAGCCAUCAACGGCUUCACAUGCCCCAUAGCUCGCGUCCACUUCAAUGGCAGCAUACUCUGGGGAGUUGUCGGCCCGAAGGAGUUCUUCGGAUCAAAAGCAACGUACCAUGCUCUCGUAUGGUGUUUCCCACUAGGUGCGAUUGCGCCAAUCCUGCUGUGGUUGUACGCGCGGAAUAAGAAGAAGAGCUUUGUCCGGAAGAUCAAUCUCCCGGUUCUAUUUGGAAGUCUCAGCUGGAUUCCGCCAGCUACGGGGCUCAAUUUUUCCGUUUGGGCCUUGGUAUGCUACAUCUUCAACUACUCGAUUAAACGCAGAGCAACGGCAUGGUGGGCUAAAUACACCAUGACAUUGAGUGCUGCUCUGGAUUCUGGCUUAGCUUUCGGGCUGGUGGUUGUGUUUUUUGGAUUCGUCUUCCCAGGCUGGAUGAAGAAUUUCAAAUGGUGGGGCACAGAGAUUUAUAAACAAGGUUGCGAUUGGCAGGCGUGUCCGUACAAGAAUGUGCCGGAGGGAGGCCACUUUGGUCCCGAUACCUGGUGAGCGUUGAUCGCGCACUUGAAUAGUUUACGUACGCGUUCCCAUUCUGUGGGAUUUAUGAGUGACAUGU